AUGGCGACGAGUUCACUCACAGUGCUACCAUCUUCAGGUGUUCCUGAAUUCAACGACAACAUCAACUGGCAAGUGUGGAAAGAACAGUUAGAAAUUCAUUUUGGUGAAAUAAAAUGCGAAGAUGACAGCGGAAAAAAGACAACAUUGUUGAAGUCCAUUGGUUCCCAAACGUACUCAGUUUUACGCAGCAUAUGUGACCCUGAUUUGCCGGUUAGUAAGACAUUUGACGAAUUGUGCAAAAUUUUGGACGACCAUUUUACUCCACCAACGAUUAUUUUUCGGGAGAGAAAAUCAUUUCACUCAGCUGCUAAAAAAGAUGAAGAAACCAUUAGUCAAUGGUACGCAAGAGUAAAGAAGUUGGCACUGCAAUGCAAAUUUGGAUCACAUCUAGAUGCAAUGGUUUUAGAUCAGUUUGUGAUUGGUCUACCAACAAAGCUGUUUGAAAAAUUAUGUGAAGAGGAUGAGACAAUUACAGUUGAACAUGCUCUUAGAAAGGCGCUCAUAAUAGAAUCGAAACUGGCUAGUGAUUCUUCAUGUGACAAUAAUAUCAAUUUUGUAAAACACAGAAGCAACAACAAGAAGAACAGACCUAACGGUAAUAACAAGUUUGGUUACAAAAAUGAUUAUGGAGAAGGGCGCAGAAUGAGCAAACACAGCGGUGGCGGCAGAGACGGAUUUGGCAACGGUGGCAGAGAGAAUGCUAGCAGCAGAGACAGCAAUAUCAGUGAUGGCAAAAAGAGAGUGCCUUGUUCACAUUGUGGUUGGAAGAACCAUUCUUCUAGUAGCUGCAAAUUUAAAGAGAGUAGAUGUUUCGCAUGCAAACAGAUUGGACAUUUGGCGUCUGUAUGCAGAAAUAAGAGAAGUGUCAACUGCAUUGAAAAUAAUAAUUUAAGUUAUGUUGAUGAUGUAGAUAAUAACAUUUUUGAUGUUUCUAUUUUUAAUUUAGAUUCCAAAGUUAACACUGAGGUGUAUUCAUUGCUUGUUGUUGUUGAUGGUGUUAUGUUGCAGGCUGCGUGUGACACUGGCGAUCCAUGCGUUUUAAUUCCACAUUCGUUUUAUCGACAGAAUUACGGUAACAGGGCUUUAGAAAAAUGUUCAAUUCCCUAUGUUAAUUAUAGUGGAGACAAAAUUCCAAUUAUUGGUGAGUACGUGGCUGAAAUUCAAUAUAAAAGUAUAACCAAAAGAAUAAAAGUUGUGGUGACAGCAACUAAUAGCCCUCCCCUUCUGGGUCGCUCAUUUUUAAGAGCUUUUGAAUUUGAUUUGGUUCCUAAGAAUAUGAUAAAAAACGAAGUGUGUGCUAUUCAAAACAAUAAUUUGAGUUUAAUGAUCGAUCAGAUUAAGAAUGAGUUUAGUCAAGUUUUUAGUGAUGGCCUUGGCACCUAUAAGGGAGAGCCAAUCUCAUUAGACUUAGCUGAAAAUGCUAAACCUAUAUUUUUUAAACCGAGACCAAUUCCUUUUGCGUGGAAGUCUAGGGUUGAAGAGAAGCUUCAUGCCAUGGUGAAAGAUGGAAUUUUGGAGCAGGUAAAUAAUUCGGCAUGGGGCACACCCCUUGUUCCUGUUUUAAAGCCAAAUGGUGACUUCCGUAUUUGCGGGGAUUACAAAGUAACCCUUAAUAAAUUUUUGUCUGAUUUCAAAUACCCUUUGCCGCGCAUAGAUGAGAUUUUCACCGCAUUACAAGGUGGUAGUAUGUAUACGAAGUUGGAUUUGUCCAACGCAUAUAAUCAGCUCGUUUUGGAUGAGGAGUCCCAAAUGCUUUGUGCUGUUAGUACACAUAUAGGUGUAUUCAAAGUGAAGAGAUUGCCAUUCGGGGUUAAGGUAGCUUCGGCUAUAUUCCAGAAAACAAUCGAUAAUUUGUUAGGGGGCAUACCCAAUGUUGUUGUGUACCAAGAUGACAUUACUGUUACUGGAAAGGAUUUUUCGUCUCAUAUGCAUAACCUUAAGUCGGUUUUAAGAAAACUUUCAGAAUCGGGUUUGCGAGUUAAUUACUCUAAAUGUAAAUUUUUUCAACAAGAGAUUAAUUACCUAGGUUUUUGCAUAAGCAGUUCUGGUUUGAGAAGGAAUACUGAUCGCGUCAGUAGCAUUAUUAAUGCACCUGUGCCUAAUGACAUAUCUGAGCUUCGAGCUUUUAUUGGGCUAUCUAAUUAUUAUUCACGUUUUGUUCAGGACUAUUCUGAAAAGAUGGAACCGCUUUAUAGUCUACUUCGAAAAGACACUAGAUUUGUAUGGAGUGAUGACUGUCAAAGGGCCUACGAUCUUAUGAAAAGAGAAAUAACUUCGGAUUCGGUUUUGACACAUUUCAAUCCUUCAUUUGAAAUAAUUUUGACAACGGAUGCGUCAUCUAAUGCAGUGUCUGGUAUUCUAUCACACAAAAUUGACAAUUCUCUUAGGCCCAUAGCUUUUGUUUCUAGGUCAUUAUCGAAGUCUGAGAAGGGCUAUAGUACAUUGGAAAAAGAGGCAUUGGGAAUAAUAUUUUCUGUUUGCAAGUUAAGGCAGUAUUUGUUAGGCGUUAGGUUAGGAGAGAAUAAGAGUUUGCCAAUGAUGGCAUCUGCUCGUAUACAGAGAUGGGCGGUUAUUCUCUCGGCUUUUAAUUACUCUAUUGAAUAUGUGAAGGGUACACAGAAUGAAGCAGAUGGUUUGUCCCGUAUACCUCAGUUUUCAGGCACUAGUGAGACGAAUGAGUGUAAUUUCAUAAAUUUAAUUGAGACCCGGAACGAAAUGGAAUUGAAUUUCAAAGACAUUGCUCGCGAGACAGGAAGAGACCCGAUUUUGUCUAUGGUAAGAGAGGCUGUACUAAAUGGAACCUUAAAUAAUUUAGAUGAGAAUGAAUAUACCCAUUAUAGGAGUAAAUUGAACGAGCUUCAUGUUGAGUAUGAAUGUGUUUUAUGGGGACACAGAGUUGUUAUUCCCAACAAAGUUCAGUCUCAUGUACUAAAUCUUUUACAUAGAUCUCAUCUUGGCAUUGUAAAGACCAAAGGUUUGGCACGGUCCUACGUAUGGUGGCCGGGUAUAGAUAAAGAGAUAGAAAGACUUGUAGGGUCUUGCAAAUUUUGCCAAGAGUCGUUAUCCUCACCUGAGCGUAGUUUACUUAUACCAUGGCAACCGACGGAUCAUGUCUGGAGCCGCAUACAUCUAGAUUAUGCGGGACCUAUUAAUGGAUAUUAUAUACUAAUAAUUAUUGAUUCUUAUUCAAAAUUCGUUGAAGUUUUUCCAACGAAAAGUAUAACAAGCCAUUUUACAGAAACGAAAAUAAGGGAAUUGUUUUGUCGAUAUGGUCUCGUUGAUAUUGUUGUGACAGACAAUGGUCGACAAUUUACAUGUGAGACAUUUAGAGAGUUUUUGAAAGUUAAUGGAGUUAGGCAUGUAUUGACGCCACCAGGUCAUCCCGCGACCAACGGCCAGGCCGAAAUUACGGUUAAGACGAUAAAGAAAUCUUUAAUUGCUACUCUGAAGAGCAAUCCAAGACUCGAAUUUGAGACGGUAUUAAAUAGAUGUCUAAUAGACUACCGAAAUUCGAAACAUUCGACGACAGGCGAAUCACCUGCCAAACUUUUCUUCGGUCGAUCAUUAAGAACAAGACUUAGCUUACUUAAGCCACCAACAACUAAAGAAAUAAUUCUGGCGAAUCAGCAGAAAACAGUACUCAAUGAUAAAGGUACUCGAGAUAAACAUUUCUCUAAUGGGCAAAGCUUAAUUAUUCGGGACUACAGAGAUCCCAAUAAACCUACUUGGGCCCCAGCUAAAAUAAAAUCUCAAAUAGGUCCUCGAUCUUACUCAUGUAUAUUUACUCAUAACGAUAGAGAAAUAAAACGCCACCUUGAUCAAAUCAGAGGUCUACCUUCAAAUGAAAAUACGGAAUCGCAUAAUUUUAACAGCAGCGACGAAAAUAUUAAAAACCAUGAACAUCUAACAACAGCAACAACACAAGCAACGAAUAGAGAUUUAAGACCUCGUAAAGAGGGAAAGGUGGUAAAACCAUAUAAUCAAAAAAAAUAA